AUGAAAAUUAUAGGCUUAGAGAUGCGAACUCCCAACAAGUCGAAACGCACGCUUCGUCAACUAGAUCGUGCAGCUUCACACUCUUUAAAAGACAUAAAACUUAAUCACGCGUAUUUUUCCGAAACUUCCAGUUCUUCGGACGAUCAUGAGGUUGAAGCUCAUGGUCGAUUCUCGACUUGUUUGAAGCAGAUCGAGUCUGAACAUUUAAAUGUAUCCCAUAGUCCGUCAAAUUGUACGUGUAGUACAGUUGGUCGUAAUCUCUGCGUGCAACAUGGCGGUGGACGAAAAUGUAGUCAUGAAGGAUGUAAGAAGCAUGUUGCUUCAAGUGGAUUAUGUCGAAGUCAUGGUGGAGGCCGGCGUUGUCAAGUACCAGAUUGUAUGAGUAGUGCACAAAGUCGAGGCCUCUGUUACGUUCAUGGUGGAGGUGGACGUUGUCAACGAGAAGGUUGUGGAUCAAGUGCCAAGAAAGGUGGAUAUUGUAUCGCACAUGGUGGAGGGCAUCGAUGUGAAGUGACGGGCUGUACCAGUAGUGCAGUGAGUGGUGCCCGAUGUCGAGCACAUGGUGGCGGUCGUCGAUGUGCCAUACAAGAUUGUUCGAGUAGUGCCAAAACUGGUGGUCGCUGUAUUGCACAUGGGGGUGGCAAGCGAUGUACUGUUGAAGCCUGUACCAGCAGUGCUCAGCGUCUAGGUCUCUGCAAAGCUCAUGGUGGUGGACGACGAUGUAUUGUAGACAAUUGCGCCAAUAGUGCCGUAAGUCGUGGUCGCUGCAUUGCCCAUGGUGGCGGAAAGCGGUGUGUCUUUGAAGGCUGUACGACUACUGCUCGCAAAGGAGGCUUUUGCUUUGCUCAUGGUGGACGAUCCACGCUGUCAAUGACUGGAUCUCGUAGCAGACUGACAUCUUCAACUUUUCCACCAGCCCACGCUUCACUAUCAAAGAUGCAUUUGUGGUCGUCAGCAAGUGAAUGCUCGAUUCCAGCGCUAUCGUUACCUCCGCGUCGAUUGCUUCCUCCACUCGAUACAAUGUUAAUGGCAAAUCGAUCAGACGUGCUUUGUCGAAAUACUCCAAUUCCACCCAUUCGGAGACCUGUUGUUUCAUUCGAGCGAGACAAUCGAGGUAGUCAUGAGUCACAUAUGGUUCAUAAAGACUUGCACAAUCCUGCUUUAGUGUGGCAACGCAGUCAACCAGAAAUGUCAGAUUUCCACUCUCGACGACAAGAAACUCCAAUGUUGUCUUCUUCUUCUUGUUCCGGUUACUCGUGGCAGCGUCUUCAAGAGACGAUUCGUCAUGAAUCCCGUGUCCACGGAAUUACCAAUGAUGACGAUGACUUGGUGUUUGAAGAUAAAACCAUUAGCAAGAUGGACGGCAAUAUAUCGUCUGACGAUAUCUGGACACGAAAUCGCGACUUGAUCAUGCUACAAAGAACGCGAGAAAUCUAA